CCUUGUCUGCAUCACUGAUGGAGACAGGCGUGCAUCACGAGUCCCGCCCCCUGGGGGUGAACCUGGGGUACAUCGAUCAAGUUGGGAGCAGGGUAAAAGUGAAGAAGAAGACAGUAGGAGAAAACUUCGCGUCCGCAGAUAGCGUUUGCACAAUGAGUUGCAUAGACGUAAUGUACCAGCCUUACACACCUUACUUCCCAUACCCCCAGCGACCUGCCCCUGCAGCAGCGGCUGGAGCGGCUCCAACACCUGGGCCCACUACCCCUAUGUUGGGUGCUGGACCUUUUGCUAUGACUGGACCGGCACCCCCACCGGCUCAUCCGAUGGCCGAGCAAAAGAAAUUCCUCCAGCAUAAAAUGCUUGAGCCAAUAGAGCAUCCCAGUUCAGAUUAUCAUAGAAACAGAGGCAUUGACUGUUCAACACACUCUCCGGUCGUGUCCGUGACGUGCACAACAACCGCUAAAGACGACGACAAAACCGUUGAAGACCUUCCUCAAAGUGCAGCUGACGCCCAUUAUAUCUCCGCUAACUGUGUUCUCCUUACCUAUUUCAAUGGGGACACGUCAGCCGCAGUUGACGAGCAUUUUUCCAGAGCCUUAAGCCAACCAAGUAGUUACGGACCAGACUCCGGGCUGAAGACGUUAGCACUUAAAGACGGUCCACCGAUGUCUCAACGUAACUUUCCACCUUCCUUUUGGAACAGCAACUACCAACCACCACAUCCAAUACCGGCACCUGCAACUAUGACUCCUGCUAAUCAUCACGAAUUUUCUUAUGCCACAGAUCCUUACCAUUCGGGGGCGCUUCACCCAGGUAUUCACCAAAACGACCCUUGGCACUAUACUUUGUCUUCACAUGCACAAGCGGCUAAUCCUUACUCUCACCGACCGAUGCACGAACUGGCUUAUUCUGGGAUGUCUUCAGUUCCCACAGGUAACAUGUUUAAUCAAUAUGGAUCACUUCUACUUCAGCCUUCAAUGAGGUCCUCUCGACUGACCCAUGGGUCAACACCUUGCGCUAGUCUGGAUAAACCAACUGACACUUGGGGCACGCCGAGGUACCACGAACCGCUCACUCAUAAUCUUGGACACAUGGAAUCAAACUACAGCGCCACCUAUGGUACUAUGGGAACAAUGCCAGAUCCUGGGAACGGCGGCUACAUGUAUGAACUGUACAAGUUACAAGCAAUGCACGCGCCUCGUUCGUACCGUUGAGACGUGCACGUGAUGGCAACCUACACAGUUUCGAAAGCCAAAUACAGGAGGCCGGUAAGGACCUCUACUGGUUUUAGCUCCCUCUAACUUUCCCAGAAGAUGAAACUUUUCUUCCAUUAACGCAUGUUAAUGCAUACCUGACCCACAAGGCUUGAGGUCAAAGGAUGUCAGAUGUUGGUUCGAUACUGCUUCCAGAAACCAAGGACCAAUAUCCCUUCUUGUGGAAGCCAUUUGGUGAUGAUGUUGUACAUAAUAAUCUGAAGAGUUAAAUAGUACCUUGUUACACUAGUAGGAAGUAUUACGAGCCCUGAAACAUCCCCUGAAGGAGCGAACAGUCUGUAGGCAUUUGUUACGAAGGUAACUUUAUAACUGACUAGUCGCUUGUAAAUAUGCAAUUCGAAGUUUUCCGUAUUCUUACGGGCUACUGAUGAGUUUACGAACGAAUCUGCGAUCCCGAACUUUGCUAUUAAGUUCGAUCAAUCUAUCAAAUUCAGACUGUGUGUAAUCAGUACAUGAUAAUUAUAUGUUUUGUUGAUUUGUUUUGUUGUACCCUGCUAGUGCUAGUAAAUCGUAAGUCCGAGCUAUGCAGGGUCUUGCUGUACAGAACUGAUAAAACAUAGUUGUAAUGUAAAUGUAUUUAUUCAUAUAGCCCAUAGAUAAAGCAAAUUCACAUGUGCAUGCAAUGCACACAGUAGGAACAAAAUUAGCCGUUUAAUUGCAAGUGUCGUAUAAGUAGGCUUAGAGACGUGGCUCAUUCUGGGUCGAUUUCUCUUCUGAAUUUCUCAAAACAGAAUCUUUACUGAGAAAUAAAAAUGAUGCUGUUUCCAUACAAACUAAUUUCUGGCCUCUGUAUCAUGUGUUAGUCUUUCCAGAUGAACAGAUCUGGUUGUGCGACCAAAAUUAAAGACUGAAGUUGUCAGCGGUGCUGCGGAUGAGUGCUGUGCAAGAAAUGAUUGAUAUAACGAGCAUGACAUGAGCAGUAAAGGUCUGUUUCUCAAGCAGCUCACAUAUGGACGCCGUAAAGUAAAAGAUGAUCGUGGCUUCCGUUUUCCAAUGAGGAGGGCCUCUACGCCGGCUAAGGAUCCCAAAAGUCAUAAACAACGACCCAUGGUUUCAUGAUCACCUCAUCGGAACGGUCGCGUUUUCUUCUCAGCAUAAAUUACUACUGUCUAGAAGAGAAUAAUUUGUCCAAAAAAAAAAGAAACCUAAAACCACAUAUUAACACAUUUUUCAUCAAAUUGUUUGAACUUCGACUAAGAUGUACCAAACCGUUUUGAAGUUCUAGUAUUGCAUUUGUGAAUCUCCGUAACAACAGUGCUGUCUUUUUUAGCAAAACCUGGAUAUUAUUAAGAGAAAACAUAAUGUAACUGAAGUAA